UCGGACAACAAUGAUGAUAGAUCUCUUUCUCGUAUUCUGUCUAGCAUCGGCGGAAAUGAGGACAUGCUUCCCCUGAUCCACCCACUAAAAAGCAUUGAAAUCUGAGAUGAUCGUCAGGAUGAAUCACAAGAAGAUUUCGCCGGGUAUGAAUCGUAGCACAACCGUCAACCGCCGGCCAAUUCCAAAUAGAUCAGUAAAUGGAGAAGGUGCUCGUUACUGGCGGUGCAGGCUAUUUAGCUUCUUUUCUUGUCAAAAAUCUUUUGGAGGAGGGUUACACAGUUCAUGCCACUCUUCGAAGUCUAAGUGAUGAUGCAAAGGUGGGAUUGCUAAAAGGGCUAGCUCAUUUACAAACAAGAUUGCAUCUAUUUGAAGCUGAUAUAUAUAAUCCCAACGAUUUCGAAGUCGUUGUUCAAGGCUGCGCUUUUGUGUUCCACUUAGCCACGCCUUUGCAGCACUAUGACAACAAUACUCGGUACAAGAAUACUAGUGAGGCAGCUGUGGAUGGGGUGAAAAUGAUGGCUGAAAGCUGCAUGAGAAGUAAAACGGAAUGCCGCUUGACCAAGGCAACAAGGCCAAACUGAUCAAACAAGUACAACAUGCGAAAAAAGCCAAAAAUCGGGGAGUUGAUCAAGGGGAGUAAUCAAGCAGUUAAGGAGGGGACCAAUGGAUUCUAGAAGGAGGACACGUGAGGCUAAUGAGCUGAAUGGUGAGCAUCAUUUUGUUAGCAAGGACGGCGUUUUAGAAGAGGGACACGUGCUGAUACAUGAGACGCAAGGACGGAGAUGAGUCAUGAAUCUGUUAUUGAAAAGCGACGUCAUUCUAGAAGGAAGGCACGUAGCAAUCG